CCCAAACUCGUUAAAUCAAAUUCCUUUCCUUUUCUGUUCGAAAAUUAAUUCUGUGAUUGUGUACGUUUUGUGUGCGCAAUUGGAUCGUUGACAAUAAAAUGGCUCCUCAAAUCACUAACAAUGUUUCAUUACUUGAAAAUAUUUGUCAAUAUUCAAUUGAAGCAAUGAAGACUGUUCGAAAUGAUUUAUUAUCCAUCACAAAAGAUUCAAAUGAAAUUGAUAAAGGUUUGUUGACACAAUUAAUGUCUGAUGACAAUUUACUUUGUCGUUAUAUGAAGCGUCGUCGAGGUGAUCCAAAUGAGUCCAUCAAAUUCAUUAUCAAUACUUUGGAGUGGAGACACAAUUUGGGUUUGGACCAUUUGAAUGAACAGUCAUUUCCAAAAGAACUUUACGAAUCAGGAGGAUUAUUCAUUUCGGGACAAGAUGUUCAGAAUAAUUCAGUUCUCCAUAUAAGAGUUUCUCAUUUCUAUAAAAUUCCAGAAUUGAUUGAUUUGGUUAAAAAGUUUGUCGUCUAUCACAUGUAUAAAGCCGAUGAAUUGGGUUCAGAACGGUUUCCAUCAACUGGAGGUUGGGUCCUUGUCUUUGACUGUUCAAAUGCUUCAUUGGCUCAGGGUGACCCAGAAAUGCUGAGUUUCAUCAACUACAGUUUAAAAAAUUACUUUCCAUCAGGACAGAAGUACAUUGUCAUAAUCAACUUGAAUUGGGUUCUUCGAGCACUUAAAACUCUAGCAUUCACUUGGUAUCCAGCAGCAGUUAAGAACCGAAUCAAAUUUUGUUCAAGUAAAGAUAUAACUGAUUAUAUUCCAAAAUCAGAAUUGCCUGAUUAUUUGGGUGGACCAAUUAAAGAAUACCGAGAAUCACCCAAAUAUUGUAUAACUCUGGACUCACUGCGAUCGAAAGGGCAAUUGAGUGACCCAUCAUUUGAUAAAAUAAUGACAAUUUUAGCCACUGCUAACUGAUUUUAUCAACUAU